GGCGGCCAUGUUCACCAAUCUUCCCCCUCCCCUUCCCAUCCCUCCUCUCCCCUCCCCGUCUCAUAGUCAUAGAAAUAGUCAGCCCAGUGGAAGAAGGUGGCUUCAGAAAGAGGGUGAAACGGCUAAUGUUGGAUUAAAAAAAAAAAAAAGAAACGAAAAAAAGCAUGCUGGAGUGGAGCAAAGAAUUACAGUGUUAAUCAGACGGUGGAGGCUCUGCUGAAAAGGACCGUUCUUUGCCCACGGCUUUUCUGAUUUGACUACUUAACUAGUAAUUUUAAAAUAAUGCGACUUGCUUUGCAGUGAUGGAGAUUAUUGGUGGACGUGCAUUAUAUACGAGCUGUAUAUUUGUCGCAAGUAUAUCAGCUUAAAUAGGUGCAGAGCCAGUAACAUAAAAGCAAAGGUAUGUUGAACUGUGUGUAGUUAAAUACACAAAAGGACGAGUGCGUCUGGGUUGCUGGCUAACGUUAGCUAGCACUGCAGCCUCACUUACCGGCUGUUGAGCAUUUUCGGGGGGGGGGAGCAUUUAAACCGUCAAUAAAGUUAAACAGUUGCGUUAUUUUACAUGAGAACGGUUGAUCACCGUCUAAAUUUGUUGGUAUUUCCCCAAACUGAAAUAAACAAGCAGCGCCGGUUUUGUUAAAAUUAGUUACUUUUAUUUACAUUUCUGUUAGAAGCCACCCCUGGAAUUUUACAAAAUGCAUCGCCCGGAGUCUGCGGGAGAUUCGGCGAGCAUUAGGAAGAUGGCGCACCCGGUAACAUUUCCUAGAAGGGGUAGUAGCACCAGUACUGGCAGUGCUUCUGCGCUGACAGCGGUCAUACCAACAAAUGUUAGCAAUAAUGCAGUUUCGACUGAUGAAUACCAGUCUUCCUUAUUGGUACAGCCGCCACCCCCGGGUGGGUUAUCGUCCCCUGGGCCCCAGCACCCUCCCCAGAGCCUUAACCUGUCUCAGCCCCAGGUGCAACCGCUCUCAUUGAUUGGGGUUCAAAUAAAGAAGAAAAGUGGCUUCCAGAUCACCAGCGUUACUCCAGCUCAGGUCUCCCUGAGCACCAACAAUAGCGUUGCAGAAGAUACAGAGAGCUAUGAUGAUUUGGAUGAGUCACACACUGAGGACCUGUCUUCAUCUGAGAUUCUGGAUGUUUCCCUGUCCCGUGCCACUGAUAUGGGUGGUGCAGAGAGGAGCUCCUCUGAAGAGACUCUUAACAACUUUCAUGAGGUGGACACUCCAGGUGCUGUGUCACCCAAUCAGCCACCACACCGUCAUCCCUUACCCCAGGCACUUCAGCAUGGCACCAUGGUGAAUGGAACUGUACAUCAUCACCAAGUACAUGCUACCCAGUCUAAAGUGGCACUCUCUGGGACACCAGAAGGGGGUGCUGUUUCCACUGUUUCAUCCUCCACUGGAAUUUUACCAGGUGUUACCCAGAAUGUGGGAGCUGUUACAGAGAAUAUGUUGGUUGGUAGUACCAGCGCUGUAGGCUCUUCAGGAGCUGAAACCGGAAUGCCUUCUGCAGCUGCAGGUAUAGCAAAUGGUAUGACUAAUCCCUUGACAAACAAUGUUAGUAAUGUAAACAUACCUGUCGGUGUGCUUAAUGUUGGGGGUUCGAGUGUCAGUCACAAUAUUGGUCUCGCACCAGCUAACUUGAACAGUUGCAAUGGCAUUACAGGAGGCCAUAUCCAAAAUGUAAGUCUGGUUCAUCAGCAAUGUGGGACUGUGUGCUCUGGUACUGGUAUCCCAGUUUCGAUGGGAUCCGCCUCUGCUGGGCAAGGAGGGACCGCAGGGGUAACACAAGGGUCGUCCAUCCCGCCGUCCCAGGCUCCAGCCCCUGCUGCUACCGGCUCCCGUUUCAGGGUGGUGAAACUAGAUUGCAGUUCUGAGCAGUUCAAGAAAGGCAGGUGGACGUGUACACAGUAUUACGACAAGGAGACCUCUGCUGCAGCGGCGGCGUGUUCCUCAGACGGCGGACAAAGGGCAGCAGAGAGUGCUACGUGCUCAGAGCGGGACUGCACAAGUGGGAGUUCUGUCGGCAGCACGGUCAGCACCUUAAGUCAUUAUACAGAGAGUGUGAGCAGUGGGGAGAUGGGCGGCCCCCCUGCCACACAGAUUGCCCCCCAGCUGCAGGAAUACUCCACUGUUCCAGCUCCUCAGGCCUCACUUGCUGGCCUUUCUCUGAGCACAUCCCAGUUGAAGGCUUCUGCCAACGUUCACGACGUGAACCCGCUCCUGAAGCCUAAUGUAGCGCCCUCUGCUGGACUUGCUGGUUUAGCAGGGUCCCAGCAGCAGGCUUCUAUACACCCAGCUGUUGUCCAGCAACCCCUGACCUACACCCAGGUCCCCCAGGCAGGCCCGGCACAGGGCUUGCCAGCCUCGGCUCCACAGCACCAGUUAGGCUUCACUCAAGCUCCUACCCAGUUGGUACCUGCUCACGCUGUGCCACAGGUCAUCUCGCCAGGUGGGCAGGCUGUGACAACUGGACCAAAUCACAUGCCCCACAUGUCUGGCACCGCCCAUGCCAUGGUGUCUUCUGGGACUGGCCUGGGUAUAGCUGGACAGCAGUCCACAGGCAGCGUCCACUCUGCUGGGUCUCAAGCCCUUCCUUCAGCCUUCCUUCAGCAGCCUUCCUCUUCCCAAGCUGGGACGCUGCCACACAUGCUGCCCGGCGGCUUAUUAGGCCUGGCUCAGCCGCUAGCGAAGGCUCAGCAGCUCCCGGGUCAGCAGGUUAUGGAGCGCCAGCAAGGCACCGGAGCUCAGAAUUUAGGGACCCAGACUCCCUCUGCAGGUUCCUCCGGAGUCCCUGCACCCAGCAUACCUCCCAGCUUCCUGGCUGAUGCCCAGAGUGGUCCUCCAGUGCAGAGCUGCAGCGGCCUUGGCGUCAUACCAGGGCAAGGGGCCCAGCUUGUCGGCGCCCAGUACCCCAGCUGGUCGUCCAUUACAGCCACACAACUGGAAGAUGCUCAGCGGCUGCUUUUUCAGCACAAGACCCUGCUUUCCCUCCCCAAGGUGGCAGCUGGAGAGUGUGCUUCCGAAAUCCCCACAUCCUCUGGUCCUGAUGGUAGCGGUGACUGCAGUGCCUUAACUGCUUCAGCUGGCCUGCUGACGAACCCACCUGUAGAGGUGGAGGACGAAAGCUCUUCUGGUGCUAGCGUGGUGGCCAUAGACAACAAAAUUGAACAAGCAAUGGACCUAGUAAAAAGUCAUUUGAUGUAUGCUGUUCGGGAGGAGGUGGAGGUCUUAAAAGAGCAGAUAAAAGAACUGAUUGAAAGGAAUUCGCAGCUGGAGCAGGAGAAUAGCCUGCUGAAAAAUCUGGCCAGUCCAGAGCAGCUCGCACAGUUUCAGGCCCAAGUCCAAAGCGGGUCCCCGCCACCAUCCACGCAGCCACAAGGGGCAGCGGCCCAGCAGUCUGCCCCACCUGCGCAGUCGGCUUCGCAGAGUUCUGGACCUUCUGCAUAGCACGAGAUCACCCAGUGAGAGAAACUAAAGGCCGAGGCAAGAAUUCUCCGCAGAGACUGGACAGUUCGUUUAAUAUUUGCACAUUUUAACACUCGAAACUUGACACGUUAGCAGUAUGUUUUGAAACACUUUACACAUCUCAGACAAUCGUCUAGGGUGAAAUGAUUAUUGACGGAUAUAAUUCUAAACCAAAACCCAUGGACUAACAAGAUCACUGAGAAUGUCGCGCAAAAGCGCCUCAAACGAUCAUCGUGCCUGUAUUGUAGGGACUUAAGUUUAUGUCCAUUCAUUGGUGACCCCGGGAUUGUACAGACGUCACCAAGCUUUUGUGUGUAAAUAGGCCUUUUUUUGCAGACUGUGAGUCGAUUUUAAGAGCAAGCACUUUCUUGGUGAAGAAUAUGAAGAGGUUCUGUUGACCACUGACACAUUAUCUCUGCUUUUGGUACUGGAACUGAAAAAAGAUCAUUUCCAGUGGAAUUUCACUAUAUAGCCAACACAUACACCAGUACAUUCAUUUUGACAUGUGCUAAAUGUGCCCAAUGAAUGGAAGUAAAUCUUUCAGUAUUCAUCUUAAGUGCUUUAGUGAAGUUCAGAUAAAUGCUUCUCCUCCACCUCAGUUCCUGCCUUUAAAGCAGUAACAGCUGCUUUGAGAAUUUGUGGAGUUGCUCAAUUUAGCUCAAUUUAAAUGAGUUAGACUUAUGUAUUUAUUGUAAACACUGAACUGUAAUAAGAAGCAGGAAGGGAGAGAAACAAUUUGGGUUGUAUAGGUGAAUAUUCAGCUGUUAUGUCGGACAAAGUUGGUUGGUCUUUUAAUGCUGUAAAUCAUGAAUGCUGCUUCCAAGCAAUUCAAGACUGAUUUUCUUGCAUUAAAUUGUACUGUAAACCAUUGUUCAUUUGAAAUUUGUAGUAUUUUCCUUUUUAACAGUGAAGCACUCCAAGUUUGUCACAGUAAGCCCACUCUACAGAUAAUUCUGCCUACUGUGGGUCCACAUCAAUGUGUAGGAUGUUUGCUUAUGUUCUUGCAUGUUCCUCAAACCAGUGAAACAAUAACAAUUCACUUACACUUCUCAAAUUUCAAUAAAGAAAUGAAAACAUGGA